AUGGGUUUGAACAGCACUGCAAGUGGCAUACUACAAAAAGAAACCUGGCAAGGCAGGACUGUUUACAACCAGAGUCAAAAGGAUAGCCUCCAAAAAUGGUUUGAACACAGCCCUUACCCUGAUACAGCUACUAGGGAACAACUAGCCAAGGAAAUUGGUGUUCCAGAGUAUAACAGUCAGAUUUGGUUUAAAAACCACAGAGUAAAACAGAGACAAUUGGGAUCUGGAUCCUUAGAAAAAGAUCAAACCCAGAGACAGGACCAGCAUAAGCCUUGGACUCAAGAAUACUUACCAAAAGAAGCCAGACAAGACCAGACAUCCAUCACAAUAUCUCAAUCAAACAUCCUAGUUCAAGCCUCUGACAGGAACCGAAUCCCUGAUAUUGCAACCAGGAAAAUACUGGCUAAACAAACAGGCAUUCCGGGAUCAAAAAUUCAAGAAAGUUCUAUGUGUAUGUGGUUUCAGAACCAAAGAUCUCUGUCCCCAGGGCAGAGCAGAAGUGAGCCUGUGAAUUCCUUGCCAGAUGGCCCAAGUGGGACACCAGACCUGACAGCUCAGUGGCACCAAAUUGACCUGUCCACUCUCUCAGGCUGGUCUCAUCCUUUUCCUUCCUCCAAUUCUUUCAGCUGGAACCAAACAUUUCUACCUGCUUUUCUCCCAUCCCAUGUGUCCUCUGUCCCUUGUGUGAGCCGAGGACCAAGUGUCGUGAUGGUGCAGCCCACACAGGCUGUACAGGAGAACUCACCCUCUACUCUGACACUUACAAAUUACCUGCCAAUACCACUGACUUCGGGAGUCCUCUCUGAUAUUCACACUCAUUUCUGGCCUCAAAACCAAGAAAAAUGCCAGAAUCACAAACAGACUGGCACAGGAGCACUGCAGUUGAAGGACUAUUGUCAGCCUCAUCCUGAGCACAAAAAACACCAAUUGCAGGAUCUGGGUCACGUGGACUUAUCUUACAUUAUGCAAUGGUGGGAUGAGUGCUGCCAGGCUCUGACUGCAGAAUGGGAUCCUAGAGAAGCGAUACACUGA